AUGUCGUUCCAUGCCUCGUCGACCGUAGCCUCACCAGCGUACCUCGACUCGACCAACCUGGGCAACAUCGCAUCCCCUCACCCGGAGCUGUUCGCGUACGCGUCGCAGCAGCACCCACACCAGCACCAGCACUCGCACCACAUUCAGCACCAGCAUCACGGUAACUUCCCGAUCAACGCGCUCGCCCAGCAGCCAUCGUCGGCCGCUCAUCAACAAGGAUCUAUGAACUCUUCGAACCUCAACAUGACCAGCCCUGGUGCCGAUUUCGCCGACUUGCUCGCAGAGUUCACCCUCCCUGCGAACGCGCUUUCCCCCGCCGACCCGAAUGCGAUGCUCGGUAACUCGCCUGGCGUGCCGCCUUCCUAUGUCGAUCACCAUGAAGCACUUGUCGAGGCGAGCCCCUCGCGCGGAGGAGGUGGUGGUGGUGGAUACCAGCUCCAACAGUCCCGUCAGCACCAUCGGGAACGAAGUGCGCAAGAGCUCGUCCUGCAGCAUAUCGGGUUCUCGCUCGCACCGUCGACGUCGACGCCGUCGGCGCAACCUUCCUCGCCCAACCCCAGUCAUUCGGCCGGAAACACGAUGUCGAUUUCGGCGACGGACGCUGCGAACGCACCUAGUCAGAUCACGAACGUGAUUGCGACGAUGGAUCCCGCGGCGCGCUCACAGCUGUUGAACGCCCUGCUGGCAUUGAAGCAACAGCACCAACCCAACCAUCCGACCUCGGCGACACAUAGCCCUGGCGCCGCUUCCCCAGUAGCUUCAGCUGGCGUAGCCGCCUCACCUCGACAUCGAAGCCCGUCUCGCAUGGCUUCCAGUCACCCCGCUGCGCACGAGAACCAGUCCUCGAGCCAGAGCAAUCGAAGCAGCGCGCCGACCUACACCAACUCACCAUUGAUGACGGCCCAUAACGGUCCUUCGAGAAGCACUUCGUCGUCCGCCCAGGCCUCCCCCAUGGCCUACUACGGCGCUGGUGUCGAGUCGAACGUUUCGACACCCCAUGCGUACCACUCGCAUCACCGCUCGGGCUCGUCCUCGACCUCGACAGGUAAUUCGGUCGCGAUGGCUUCGAACUUGUCCAACAGCUACCUCCAUCAAAUCGCGACUUCGCUUCCGCCCUCGAACAUGCCCUCGCCUCUGGAUUCCCCGUACACGUCGGUACAGCAGAAGCCUUCGCAGCAAAUGUUUGAUGCGUCGGCGAUGCAACAGCAGCACCAGCACGUCUCGGCCCAACUGCAAGUCCACAGCGCCUCGCUCGUAGCAGCUAACCAGUCCUCGCAGCAGCAGCAGCAGCCGAUGCAGAUGCAGAACGCUUUUGGAAUACCAGGCUACGAGAUGGAGCAAAGCGAGUUGUCUCGCAAUGCGCCGACGAGUGAAGUGCAGGCCGCGAUCGAUAUGUUGACGAGGGUCGGGGGCAAUGGAGGCGUGGGUGGGGGAUCGAUCAAUGGCGAUAUGAACCCGAGAGGUGGAUCUAGCACGACCGGUGGGAGCUACGCUACUCAUCCCGAAGGAGACGACUGGACGGGCUCGAAUGAUGUGAGUGCAGUAUCAGAGGUCCGAUCUCUCGUGGUUGCACGAUAGACUGACAUUGGCUUGGGGGUUCACGAUGCAGUUCAUGUUCUCACCGCUCAUGUCUCCCGCAAUGACACCUCAAUCGGUCUUCACCACCGCCUCUUCGUUGCCACCGUCGGGUUCCUUCCCUCCUUCGAAGAACGCUCUCGUCUCACCGGCCGAGUUCUUCUCACCUCUUGGCUCGCCUGCGAUCAUGCCGCAGCAGUUCAACGACGAUCCCGCCGCUGCGGCGAUCUGGCAAGCCCAACAACUGCAAAAUCGUGCUUCGCUCCAAGGCCUGGUCGAUCAGACGCGCGCCCUUGGCUUCGACCACAGCAAUCUCGCCGCAAUGCAAGCCGCUUACUCGCCCUACCUCGGCGCUACAAUGCCCGGCAACGCGACGUCUGCGACAGGGUCUCCCGCCAACGCUGCGGCUACCGCCUCGCCGCGCUUGGACUCGAGCGAUGCAGGCUUGAGCACGGCCGCUGGAGCGGGUCGACGAGGUGCUGGCUCCAAGAAGGCUCGACCGAGCCCGCUGCUCAAACCUACGCCGGACGGCCAAUUGGUGCGUCGGGGUACGGGCAAGAAGGCCGCUGGUGGCGCAGGUGGGGAUCGACGAUCCGCUAGCAUCAGCAAUGGUGCGCGCAGUGCGACGACAAGCCCUUUCCUUGGGCCCUCGGCGACGGGCAGAAACGGUGUCGCGGCUCCUGCUGCCAAUGGAGGCAGGGGCGCGGCGGGGGGAGCGAUUUCGGGCUCGCAGCGCAGUUCCCCGCUGGAGGAUGGGAUGACGAACGCCAUCUCGGCCGAUACCCCCAGUCCCGUCGAUCUGAGCUCGUCCAGCGCCGUCGCCGAGACUUCGGUCGGAGCUUCCCCCGCUUUCGCAAUGCACGGUUCGCAGCUGAUGGGCCCGCCACCAUUGCCGUCUUCGGCCGCCUCAUCGAGAAGGUCCAGCAUCGUCCAGAAUGCUGCCCCAGUGCAGCACCAGGAUGCGACGAUGGCCACCCCAGAUUGGUUACACCAAGCAGCGACGCCCGCGACUUUCAUGAACCUGCCGAACAACAUCGCUGGGGUUUCAUCUCUGUCGCACAACUCGAUCGCGUCGACUUCGGAUGGCACUCAGCAGCCACAAGACAGUAACGCUUUGCUCACCCCGCCGGACCAAGGAGCGGGCAGUCUCGCCAAUGCAGCUCGAGACAGCACCUCGCCAUCGACGAAUAGCACGGGGAGCAGUGGUUCGGGACCGGCGACUUCAUCAUCGUCAAAGGGCAGGUCGACAAAACCUGCGCUCGUUUUGACGCGCAAGAUCGCCGCUCGACCCAUCAAGGCUAGUAGGAUCGCUCCUGCCCCGCUUAAGGCGAAGAAUACUUUGACACCUUCGCCUACCAACGUGGCGAAAGUGGAAGGGGAGAAGGAGAAGGAGAAGCCGACGGAGAAGCGAAAGUACAAGGGCAAGGAGAAGGAGAAGGAGCCUGGUGCUGUCAAAGCAUCUGAGAUGGACGACGAUGCCGAUGCGGGCAACGCGUCGACUGCGUUGAAGGAUGACGUUUCGGGAGACCUCAACUCGUCUACUUCGGGUCCUGUCGUCGGGGGUGAACUACGUCGGACGUCGCACAAGGCCGCGGAGCAGAAACGUCGCGACUCGCUCAAGCAGUGCUUUGAAUCGCUUCGACGCAUUCUCCCGCCGAUUGCAAUGAACGCUACACCGGACGAAGAGAAACGACCCGGUGAAGGCAAUGUCGGCGGACAACGCAGCGGGAGCGUCGAUCCGGAGAACCCGAAUCGUGGCGUCAGCAAAGUCGCGCUCUUGCGUCGCAGCAACGAGUAUGUGGGGAUGUUGCACGAUCGGAUCGAUCGACGCGAUGGGGCGAUCGAUGCGUUGCGAAGACGGGUUGCGGAGUUGAGGGAACGGCUUGGGGAGGAGGACGUUGAGGAGGACGAUGAUUAUAUUGAUGGGUUCGAAUUGGAUGCGCUGGACAAGGACGAGAAGAAGGCUGGGAACGUCUUCUUUUGUGAGUCUUGGAUCUCUUGACGGGCUGCGACGGUCCUGAUGUACGUGCCGACUAACGUUUUUCUUCUUCACUGUGCAGACGAGAACCUCGACGAUGACGAUGAGGAGGACGAGCUUAGGCCGAAAGGGAAAAGUUCCGCCGCGUCGAAACGAACAGGCUCCUUACUGCGUCGCAAGUCCAACGCCGCCGCUCCAACGGAUGAAACCUCGGCUGUAGGCAAAGAUGCGAAAGGUCGGGCGGGAGGAAUGGGACGUCGCUCGACGCGCAAUUCGUUGGGUGCUUCCGAGCACGAGAGUAUGACGAUGGACGUGGAGGCUGAGGUUUGA